GUACGGUACAGUGUGUGCACCUUGUGAGUGCGUGAGAUCCAAAGCUGGUCCACUGAGAUCGAGAGUGAACGACUCAGCUUGAACAACACAGCCCUGCCAACUCACGAGCACGACAAGGCCAGCCUGAGAGACUCUGAAGGGGAAGCACAAAUAAAUAGACUCACUCGAAAGGUGAAUGUCAAGUAGCACGUACAUGUACUCAGUGCAAGAGUUGCAAAUUCACCCAACUCAAGGGGAGUAGGGUACUGGUAUCAUUCCAACUUUUCCAACAACGAGCUAUUAUAACCAACAACCAACAACAAUCUCCGCCUCUAACCAAAAGAUGGCCAGUGUCAGUAACAGCAGUGAUGCAGUGGAUGGUAGCAUUACCAAUGGGGACAGCGACCGUGGUGGAUACCCAUGGACCCGCGCAGGUUCCAGUGUGGUCCAACUCGACGAGAACACACGAUUUGGUCAUCUGUUGGGUCUUCACACACUGAGUACUACAGAAGUCAUCAAUGGAGAAGUGGAACGAUCCAUCAUCAAUGUUUUCUAUACCGGCACAGCCGCCGCCUUUCUGGCUUGGAAACACUUUGAAGAACGGCGAGGAGAUAUCCUGCCGAAUCUACCGUCUCUGUUGGAUGGUUGUGAUUUCCACAUGUCUUACCAGUUGCACGAUAAUCGCUGGUCAGGAUUGGAAGCAGCAACCAAUCUACUUGGGGCAUUAGAGGAUGACAACAACAGGGAGAACGCUUCUCCCGUAGGAGAUCCCUUUGCCUUCUUUGGAGACUAUUGGUCCUCCGUUUCCAAACCCCUGGCAAUACUGGGUGGUGCCUUUCAGAUACCGCAGAUGACUCUUGCCAAUGCGGUUGAACUGGGAGACUUUCCGUUCCUUUCCAGCACUACAGCAUCUGUAGCGCGCGAUGCAGAGGCUGCAAUCUUGUUCUUUAGAGAUUUGGGUGUGAAAGACCUAGCCGGCAUAUUCAUAAAUGACAGCUGGGGGAACAGCUUCCAUGCAUUCAUGAGGAAGUUUGCUUUGGACCACGGCAUCAGACUUACAAGCUUUUCAUAUGACAAGAACAACAUUGAAAGGUCUAUAAUAGAUCUGAAGGAGUCUAAACGGCGCCAUGUUAUUGCCGUCAUGCAUGACUGGCGACAAGUCCUUCGAAUAGCGCACCAGCACGGCAUUGUGGGGAAUCCAGAGUACUUUUGGUUGGCAAGCGAAACCAAGAGUUGGACCCAUGAUACGUUUCGUCUAGACAAGGAAACUGAUGCCGACCUGGCACAUGCUUUGCAUGGAAUAGCAACAAUCAAUCCAUACGUUGAUCCAAAUCCGGCUUUUGAACAGGCAAUGUCUGACCUGAGGAACGAUCCUACGGUGCAACAAGAGUACCUGUCUACCAUGGCUGAACCUGAACUUUUUGAUGGCUUUGAUUUCUCCGUGUAUGAACCAUCACCCUUUCUCUAUUCAACGUUUGAUGCUAUAUUGACAAUGGGCAUCGCGGCUUGCAAUACACCACAUCCACUCUUCAAUGCUUCCGAGCUCUUCCAAACCAUCACUCAAACCAGCUUUAUGGGAUUGUCGGGGAAUAUCACAUUGGAUCCUAUCACAGGUGUGCGGAUCUCAGAGACGGUGGACUUUGGCAUCGAAUACAUCUUGUUGUCUGAGGAAAAGUCUGAUGACCAGUCCUUUCGAUUUGAUUCUCGGUUGGCCACUGUGGUGGUGGGACAUCAACUAGAACAUCGAGCCCCAAUGGUCUUCAAUGACAACACGACAAUUCUACCUCCAGCGAUACCACCAGUUGAGGGAGUGAACUUGAAUCUGAUCCCCCCUGCUGCCCUCGUGGUGGGCUACAUCAUGGCAGCUGUUGCCAUUUCAACUUCCUUUGGCUUUUGCACGUGGACAGUUUACAACCGAGCAACACCAUUCGUUCGUGUUUCUCAGCCAUUCUUCCUCUUUCAGUUGUGCUUGGGCACCUUCCUAAUGGCUCUGGCAAUUAUCCCCCUCAGUUUACCGGGUUCUAGUCCAGAACAGGGUCCCAACCGUGGACUAGAUGCUGCGUGCAUGUCUGUAAUCUGGCUGGUAGCACUUGGCUUUGUCAUUUCCAUGUCAGCACUGCUCUCCAAGACAUGGCGCUUGAUCAAGUUGUACCAAUCGGGGAGCCGACUCAGAAGAAUCAAUAUUAAAAUCAAGGAUGUCAUGUUGCCCUUUGUGGUGCUGAUGGUCAUCAAUGUGACCCUUCUGCUGUGUAUAACCUUGGUGACGCCUUUUACCUACCAACGAGUUGACAUGGAGAACUAUGACCAAUUUGGACGGAACCUGGAAUCGUAUGGCACCUGCAACUACUUCCGCCCAACAGACACCCGAGUCUGGGCAUUUGUGAUACCCCUGUGGCUUGUCGAUUCCAUUGCCAUUUUCAUUGGAAUGUACCAAUGCUACAGGACAAGGAAUCUGGCUAGAGAGAUUAGUGAAUCCUACUAUCUCACGUUGAUCAUGGGCAGUAUCAUUGAGACUCUGUGUCUGGGUGUGCCCAUGUUGGUGGUUGCAUCCGACAAUCCCACUGCCAGUUUUUUGGUUGGAUCAUUUCUGCUGUGUGCCAGUUGUUUGACAGUGUUGUUGCCCAUUUUCAUUCCCAAGUUCUAUGCCCGAAAACGAAAUGCCCAAUCCGUCAUGAACUUGAUGCGGCAAACAUCGCAGCAACGUUCUUCGUGGGGCCGCUCUGACAUGACCCUUACUGCUGAACAGAUGAGAACUGGAAUCACUCCGGUAUUUCGUCCGUCCUUGGAUCCCAGUUCUGCAAAUGGUGUCCUUCGCAAUGUUUCCGGUCUAGAUCUCACAUCUCAUGUGGAUCACUCGGGUGGUUUCAUGAAUGCCAGCAUUCAAUCUCACUCUGUAAGAUGAUUUUAAUAAAAUGCAAAUUGCCUAGCUAGCUAGCGUUGUUUUAUUUGAAUAGAACUUUGCGUCU